CCGGCGGCAUCAUCAUCCUCACUGCCACUCUAAAACUCUCUCUCGCGCGCGCGCGCGCUCCACAAGUACGCAACACGGUACACGUGCAAUCAUAUUCAUACCACGCAAUAAUCAUCUAGCCAUGGUAGCGCCGUCGGCGGCGGCAGGCCGGGACAUGGCGCCGGAGUCUCUCCCGCUCGGCAUUAUCCCGACGGUGGACAUGUCGGCGCCGUCGGGGCGCGGCGAGCUGGCGCGCCGGCUGGUGCGCGCCUGCGCGGAGCGCGGCUUCUUCAAGGCCGUCAACCACGGCGUGCCGCCGCGGGUGUCCGCCCGGCUGGACGCCGCCACGUCGGCGUUCUUCGCGCGCCCCGCUCCGGUGAAGCAGGCGGCCGGGCCGCCGGACCCGCUGGGGUAUGGCAGCCGGAACAUUGGUGCCAACGGCGACGUCGGCGAGCUGGAGUACCUCAUCCUGCACGCCCAACCCGCAGCAGUGGCGCGCAAGGCCAUGGUCAUCGACGCGGAGGACCCUUCGCGGUUCAGUGUAGCAGUGAACGAGUACGUGGACGCAGUGCGGCGUCUCGCGUGCCGGGUCCUGGACCUCCUCGGCGAGGGCCUCGGCCUCGGGGACCCGACGUCCUUGAGCCGCUUCGUCUCGGCCGUCGUCGACAGCGACUCCGUCCUCAGGAUCAACCACUACCCCACGUCCAGCGCGGCGGCGGAUGUGUCUGCCAAGGGCAUCGGGUUCGGCGAGCACACCGACCCGCAGAUCCUCAGCCUGCUCCGCGCCAACGACGUGGACGGCCUGCAGGUGCUGCUGCCCGACGCCCGCGGCGGCAGCGGCGGCGACCAGUGGGUCCAGGUGCCGGCUGACCCGUCCGCCUUCUUCAUCAACGUCGGUGACGCCCUUCAGGCCCUGACAAACGGGCGGUUGGUGAGCAUCCGGCACAGGGUGAUGGCCAGCACCACCCGGCCGCGGCUGUCCACCAUCUACUUCGCCGCGCCGCCGCUCGACGCCCGCAUCGCAGCGCUCCCGGAGACGGUGGUUGCCGGCGCGGCGCGGCGGUACAGGACCUUCACAUGGGCGGAGUACAAGAAGGCCAUGUACGCGCUCCGCCUCAGCCACAACCGUCUUGAUCUCUUCCACGCAGACGCAUCCUCCGGCGGCAGCGGCGAUAAAAAGCAUGAUAUAUAGCCCUGGAUGAGCUACGGUACACGUACAGCAGAAGUGAAGUGAACAUGACGACGAGGGUCUAGGUAGCGAUAUAAUGUACGUACCACACAACCGCCGUCUAAGCUACUUUUCUGACAGGGUUCAGGUUUGUUAAUUUGUUUGUAUAGAUGCUAGUAUAGGCAUAUUUAAAUUUGUACUACUAUAUCAGAUAUCAGAGAUGCUACUAUGCAUAUUUAAAUUUGUACUACUAUUUAAAUUUGUAUAGAUAACUCUGUCUAUGUUGUCUCA